GCAGAGCCCGGCUUUGGAGGCACCGAGGGCUCCUGGGCAAAGCCCGGCUUUGGAGGCGCCGAGGGCUCCUGGGCAGAGCCCGGCUUUGGAGGCGCCGAGGGCUCCUGGUAGAGCUGGAGAAGCCCAGGGUCGUUGGUAGGAAGGAGGUUUGCCAGCCGGCUGAGCUCUGGCUGUGGAUCUGAGUGGGGUGCUGAGUGCCAGAGGCUGCAGGAGCUGGAGGCCAUCGCUUGGGUGUGUUUGUAAUUCAGGAUCUCUGGCUGAAGGGAAGGGUCCAGCGGCCUCGCACCAGUUGGAGCAGAGCCUCGGGCACUGUGGCUCGGCCACGUGUUACAGCUUUGAUUGCAUUUACUUUCUCCACCCUGGGCUCUGCAGCAGAGACAUCACUGAUUUAGUUCUGCUGGUUCCGACACCGAUCCAGGAUCAGAUUAAAACCUGAGAUAAUCGGGUCACAGAGGUUCCCGGGGGAUGUGUUUGAUGCGAUCCUUUUCUGCUGGAGAGGGGAUUCUAGAAACAACUGAAAUCUCUUGAAAACCCCUGGAGCAAAGGGCUUUGUCCCUGGGUGCUGCUCGUUUUGAGGCUGCGUCCUCCUUUGCUCUCUGUCCAAUUUUCCGCAUAGCCCGGUGCUUGGUCUGGGAGAGCUGGAAUUGGCUUUGGCAGUGCCAGUCCCUCUCCCUUCUGGAGGAGUCUGCUCUCUGCUCACAGGCGGCUGGAAAUCCAUCCUGAUCGCCCUGGUGGGAAAAAGGCUAGGAAUGGGAAGGGGUUGGAGCUGGGAGGCUGUGGGGUCAGACCUGCCUGUCCCUGGGCAGUGGGGAUGCUGCCGAACGGAGACUUGUGGUUUUCCUGCCCUGGCAAGCGGGUAAAUUUAUGGCUUGUGACAUUUUCAUGCCUGGCUUUAGGGAGGCGAGGGGUCGGAGGCUUUGGCAGUUCUGCUGGCGAUGAAUCUCAUGCCACCCCUGGCUCUGCACCGUGCGCUGCCUCCUCACCGCUCUCCCCUUUCUCUGUGCUCUAGAUUCGCCACGAUGCUCCAUUCUCUGUGCCUGCACGAGGACUCUGCUCCCAGAGCCGCCGUUCCCCUCUGAUGCACCCGCACGGGCCGCCAUGGAAGCGGGCUGCCUGGAGGAGCCUGCCUGGUCCUGGGCGCAGCGCGGGCAGCAAGAGGGAAGCGCCCAGAGGCAGGAGGAGAGCGGGCAGCGGCUGCCUGAGCUGGGCGAUGCCUGCGUGGGGGCCGCGGAGCCGCAGCAGCCUCAGCUGCCCCCCGGCAAGCUGAAGAAAACGGCGUUGAAACUCUUUGGAGGGAAGAGGAGCAUCUGCACACUGCCCAGCUUCUUUGGGGGUCGGAGCAAAGGGCAGGGGAAAGCGACCUCUAAGAAGGGCCUCAGCAAAUGCCAGACCCACGACGGCCUCAGUGCUGCGGUGUGCGACAAGGGCGGCACGACACAGCCGGAAAGCCCUUUGGAGGGGAGCAGUGACUCGCAAGCUUGCCUUCUGCCGAGCUCCCAGAGUGCUCACAUGGCCCUGGCCCCCAGCACCAAGUUGAAUUUGGGCCGGCGGGACAGCUCUCCACCUGGGAGCAUCGAGGGCGGUGAGAAAAAGCCCACCGGGGAGAAGUCCUCCUGCCCCAGAGCCAAGAAAGGCCUGAGAGGGUUUUUUAACAGCAUCCGGCGUCACCGGAAGAGCAAGGCUGCUGAGGGUGAGAAAGCAGAACUCGCAGAGUGGAACGGGGCUUUGGAGAAGGCCGUCAAAGCCCCUGGUGUGGGAUUGGCGAGCGAAGGGGCUGUAGAGGGAAGGGGCCUGGGAGCUGCGCCUCUGCCUGCGGCUGUCCCGGGGAGCGCAGACGAUGACGGCUCGGUGGGCACUGCUGCCGACUGCGGGGAGGCUGCCCAGCCUAGCGCUCUGCCAGUUGAUGGGGGCAGCUCCGAGGGUGACGCAGAGGUGUUGGCAGGGAGAGGGGACGUUCCAGGUACGACAUCAAAGGCUGACGCUGUCGUCUGUGCAGAGUUUGACAACAGCAAUCAGCUGCUGGCCUUUCACCCAGACUUCCUGGACACCGACCCUGCCUGCCUACACUCUGGGGACUUGCUGAACCUCAUCUUGGGAGACGUUGCAUCUCUGAAGAGCUUUGAUUCCCUGACAGGGUGCGGAGACGACAUCGCUGAGCCCGACAUCGCUGAGAGCACCCUCUCUGUGGGGCACAGCCGCGAUGCUGCUAAACGAAGCUCCUGCCUGGUCACCUUCCAGGGUGGUGGGGAGGAGAUGGCCAUCCCGGAGGAGGCGGAGGAUUUCCUCCCUGAGCCGUGGGACAGCAGAGCAGCUGAGGACAGGAGCUACGGAGCGCAGGUGUUGAGGAGCAGUUUGGAGACCCACGCCUCGCACGAGGCAGCAGUGCUUCCCUAUGUGGGGGAGGCGAUGGACGGUCUUGACCUCCUGACGCCACAGAGUGACCAGCAAGAGUCCGCCCCAAACAGCGACGAGGGUUAUUACGACUCCACCACACCAGGGCUGGAGGAUGAAGCUGGAGACGGGCUUGGGGAGCUCAAGAAGGACCGUCUUCCCAGAGACAGCUACAGCGGGGAUGCACUUUAUGAGUUUGACGCGCUGAUGAGUCCCUCUCACAGGGAGGAAUCCCUGUUUGAGAGCAAAGUCUCGCGCCCGGAGAUCUUCAGCUGCUUCUUGGACUUGUGCCUCCCUGCCGAGGAGAGCCUGGUGCAGAUGCUGGAUCAGAAGCGAGGGCUGAUGGAGACGGAGGAGGAGCGGCUGGUGGCCAUUCAGAAGGAGCUGCUGUACUGGGAGCUGCAGAGGGAGCCGGUCAUGAAACGCCUUGUUGUCCCCAACAAGGAGAAGUGUCCCCGGGAAAAGCCGUGCAUUGAAUGUGAAAGCAGAGCAGCCAGCUGCGUCGGCAAGAACCAGAGCAGCCUUGGCAGGGAGCAGGUGGGCUCACACCCCCCACCCAGGUGUGCAAAUGAUGGGGGUUUGGGAGCUCAAGCUGAAGAUCCCGAGUGGAGGGAUUUUCCUUGGACGCCGUGUCCAGAAACCUGUUACGGUAGCCAAAAAGCCCAAGGAAGUUGCCUUAUUCAGCUCCCACAGGAGAACGCGGGGUUCGAUUUGGACCUGGACCAUGAGUUGUCUGGGGGCUCCAUCCAGGGUGGAGCAGCCCCAGCCGAAGCGGGGGUGUUCCCUGGCUGCAGACUCCCAGAGCAGGAGCGCAGCGACAGAGCGGACGCCCCUGGCGAGCCCGCUGUGUGCAGCGAGCCUGAGCACACGUGUCGCUGGAGAGACUUUGGACAGGAGGCCCCUGCUCAGGCCCUCCAGUUUGCCCCUGCAGAGCGAGGGACGGUGUUCCUGGGAGGUGGAUGGCUCCUCGCGGCACCACGGAGAAGCCAGUGCCAAGACUGUGGCCCACGAGUUCCUCCCGGGAGAACUGGAGCCCAACCUGUCCCUGAGCUUUGGUUUUGCUUCCUCCCUGGAGAAGAGCGCCAAGUGCCGACCUGUCGGCAUCGCCCAGGGCGUGCCGCAGCAUCCCAGUGUCAGCUCCGACACCGGGAAGAGCCCAGAGUGCUGCGGAGAUGGCCUGAAAGGCAGAGCCCUCCCUGGCCACACAGUGCCUGCCGUGAGUGUCACCGGAGCCGAGUAGCUGCUUGGGGAGUGAGCAGAAAGGGCUGGAAAGUGCUGGAAGGGGGAAACGGGACACGAACGAGGCACGUGCAAGUGACUGGAAUUGAGACCUGGGCUGAUCGGGAUGGCCGAGGCCAGAGCAGACCCACCUCUGGAUCCAUGGGCUUAGACCUUCAUGUUCCGCUGUUCUAUGGGUGCUGCUGCAGGGAGUUCCCACAGAAUCCUGCCAACCCACCUUUUAUUUCUCCAGCCCCUCCAUGUUACCGGAGAGGAUUUCAUGGGGCAGAUGUGGCUCUUGAUGCCACUGCCACUCCGCAUCCGCACCUGGAGCACAGAGCACGGUCGGCCAGCGAAGGGUCCUCUGGCCUCCAAGGUGUGAGCACAGCCUGGCCUUAUUCGUGCAGCGCACAAGCAGCUGCUAAUGAAUGUUGCCUAAUUGGAACGGGCUCCCCUCCUGCUCAGAGUAAGGAUGGAGGCAGGGCUCAGCACUGCCCAUCUCGCCGCCCUCCCAACAUAUGAACUGCAAGCACUGGCUGCUGGUAGCACUGGGGAUGCUGCCAUGAGGGUGGGCAGUCACUGUGCUUGGCCUGAGCAGCAGCUCAUUACUGGGGUUUAAUUACUCUUCUCUUUCCAUGUGCCACCAAAGGCUCUGGCGGGUUCAGAGGUUGCACAGCAUUCUGUUCAGACACCCACAGCCUCUGCCAAAGCCUUGAGGAGGCAGGAACGUGUCUUGGGGCUGAAAUGCCCCUGCAGGUGUGGAUGCCUGACUCUGGGACUGAUUCCUUUGCUGUGGGUUCGUCAUGGAAAGCCUCAGCAUAAACUGAACAUGAAUGUGUGAUGGCGAUGCAGCCAAGACUUGGUUAUCUGACUUUGUACCAAAGGUUUCUCCUCUUCAUUCGAUGUGAACUCAAUGAAGCAAAGCUCUCUUGGUGGAAAAUGAGUUUUCUAGCAGUGGUUUUGGAGCUGAUUUGCUGGGUUAUUGGUUCAUUCUGCCCCAUUAACCCAAAGAAAUCAGAUUUGUCAAUGUGCAACCCAGCUGUAAAUCCACCUUGCCUCAGAGAAGUUGGAUUUCACUGCCUCUGACCCUACUCUUCCACAAAUCGCCGUGUGUCCCAGGCUAAAUAGGAGCAGAUCUCCUGGCCUUUAUGGGAUCGAGCCGUUAGUCACACACUGCCUUACCCGAGGAACUCAAGUGUGAGAGUGGUGAUUGAGGCUUUUGACGGAGAAGGGCUUCUGAGCCAGAAAGACCUCACCCAAGUCAGUAAUAGCAAUUAUCUUGCCAAGGUACCUGGGAAAAUCUCCCCUGAGGAACUCUCCUGCAUCCCUCCCAUCAGGGCAGCCCUGGCCCCAGUGCUGGGUUACAGCUGUUCCCUUGCAGUGAAACCCCGGUAUCCGGGUCAGCCCACCAAGAGAUUCUGUGUUGGAUCCUGGGGCCUGAGGGGUUUUAUUUUUUUUUAUACGCAUAGAAAACGGUCACUUUUUUCUAUUUUUGUAUGGGUUUGCAUUUUCUAUUCAUGGGGAAAUCUGAUGGGCUGUUCUUUUCCUCGUGUGCGUUGUCCUUUCAAGCGGGGUGGUUUCCUGUUCCGAUGAGGAAAGGCGAUGAUCGCUGCUGCUGCCCCUGCCUGUGUGGAGCAGGGGAAGCACUUCACUCUCCGUUCUCCUGUGCUGCUGCUCCGCGUUCCAUCGAGGGCAGCGCUGGAGCCCAGCCCCACUCCACAGCUAAGACGCUCCCUGGGAUGUCUCUGUUUUGACUCUGCUCUGCCACACUCUGUUUUUAUUGUGUUUUAAGCUUUAAUUUUAAGCGGAAUUUAUGGACUUCGGUGAUUUCUCCCUGUGAGAAUUGUUGCCCAUCUCUUAAACCGAAUCCCAAACUGAGGCUUUUCUGAACCCCCUGGGCAGGAGAUGCUGCUGAUUGGUGCCCGGUGAUGGUCUUGGAACCGGUGAUAAAUUUCCCCUCUUCUUGGUGCUCCGGGCUGAGAGCUCGGUUUUUGCCCUUGCACAGGCAGCAUCACUUGCUCUGUGCCUGAGGAUCGUUCAUUCAAACAGCACUGGGGUCUGCAUGGGAUCAGCAGGGCUUUUCCACUUUCUCCUUUCCUGUGGCGCCGGGCUGGAGCCUGGGGAGCUGCAGCCCUGUCCUGCCUGCGCUGCUGGCACCCCUGAAGUGUUUUCCUGGAUUAAUACUGCCUUGAACUUUGGGGUCAGGAGCGCAAGGAGAGCUCGCAGUCAGCUCAGAUGCAACGGAAGGUGCCGUGGCUGCUCCCGCUUUUGGGUUUGCUGUAGUUGGAUGAAUGCACUGCCUUGUUCGCCCAACUCCAGAGGAGCUGAGCCCCUGUGGAGCUUGCAGCCCUGCAUGGGGCAUGAGGGCUGGAAGAGCCUCUCUGCAGCCGGGCACGGGCGUGAACUAAGCUGACUAGAACCGUGUCCGACAGGUGUGCAAAAGGCAAGUGAAAAGCUGAAAACCGACAGCCAAAAGGAAAUGUUUCCCCUUCCCCGCCGCCAUGGUCAGCAGCGAUGGUGAUCCCACCCAACGUUUGGCUCUACACAGGUUGUUAUGUCUGUCCAUUAACCAGCUCUUCGCCUCCCGGUGCUUUCUUUUUCUGAAGCUUUUCUUCCAUGGGUUUCCGCCUCCCGGGAACAGGGGCUGGACGGGCGGCUAGCUGGGCAAACAUUCCUGGGUGCUCGGCCCCGCGCCCCCAUGCCCGUUCCCUCUGCCCUUGAUGUUGCAGCUCCCAGCUCUCCUGCCGGGGCUCCCUGCUCUUCUCACCGUCUUGGGUCAGCCCAGAGCUGCACCUGCGUGAAGCGAGAAAUGAGAAUCUAGAGAAGCCUCAGUUUUAAAGGAAAAGGGAGUUCUCCCUUGUCCCAGGUGGCCCCGUGAUUCCCCGUCGAUGUUCAUCUGUGGAGCUGCUCUGCGGGCGCCCUGGGAGCGGAGGUGGCUCCUCCCGGGGGCCCAACUUCUCUGAAUGUCGGGGUUUCUCCUUUCUCUUUCUGGCCUCACUGUUCCCGGCCGUUUAAACUUCUUAAUGUAUUGAUUGUGGUUUACAAUGAAUGUUCUGUUCACUGAGUUCUCAUGAAUAAACUUCUGAUUUUUAGAGAAA